AUGGCAGCUCGAAAACUUGCACCAAAAGAUCAGAUUGUUAAGCUGAUAGUGGGGGCCGGCCAGGCCAGUCCCAGCCCUCCCGUCGGCCCAGCGCUUGGAAGCAAAGGUGUGAAGAGCAUGGAUUUCUGCAAAGAAUUCAAUGCGCGCACCGCUCAUAUCAACACAGGCGUUCCUAUUCCCGCUCGAGUGACGGUGCGCCCCGAUCGAUCGUUUACCUUCGAACUGCGAACGCCAACUACCUCGUGGCUUCUGUUACAGGCGGCAAAAGUGAAUGAGCGAGAUGGCCGGUUACGAGGGGGAGGAAAAGCAGGCCAUGAAACCAUCGGUUCGGUUUCUUUAAAGCACGUCUACGAGAUCGCGAAAAUAAAACAGACGGAGACAAGAUUAUCUGGCUUGAGCAUGGAGGGGCUGUGUAAAAGCGUGAUUGCGCAGGCAAAGUCAAUUGGCCUCGGCGUUGUACCGUGA